AUGGCGUCGGAGUCGUCCCAGCACAUGUUGCUGUCGAGCAACACCCAGCGAGGUCGCCCCGGCGAAGGAUCGCCGGACGAUUACGCAUGGCACCGGUGCAUGCACCUCAACAAGUUCCUGUACCAGCACGUCCACUCAUGGCACCAUCGCGUCAUCGUGCCCUGCGCCUUGGGCGUGCAAUACAACCACCCUGUGGAGGGUCUCCUCCUCGACACCGUCAGCAGCGUGGUCACCUUCCUCGCCCCCGGUAUGUCGCCCCACGUCUCCAUCUUCUUCUUGACACUCUGCACCGUCAAGGGCGUCGACGACCACUACGGGCUGUGGUUGCCGGGGAACGUGUUCCACCUCUGCUUCUGGAACAACACGGCGUACCACGACGCCCACCAUCUAUCGCGCGCCGGCAGAUACAACUUCUGGCAGCCCUUCUUUGUGACGUGGGACAAGGUGUUUGGGACGCACAUGCCUUAUGUGGUCGAGCACAGGCCCCAAGGAGGGCUCCAUGUGCGUCCCAUGGAAGCCCUUAACUAUGUAUAUAUUGUUUUUCAGAUUUGA